GACGCACGGACGCGCCAACGUGCAUUUCCAAACUUUUCCCCCCCUUAUUUUAACACCGCUACAGUGAGACCUCCAGCUCCCAGCUUUCUGGCAAUUGCCUACCGUUUUCCCUUCUUUUCUUUUUUUUUGCUGAUUUAAUGCUACUUUUUUUUGUUGCAUUUUUAAAUCCCACUUCACACAGCUUUUCCAUCCUGAUCCUCCAAGUCUCAUCUUGAUCUCCACGCAGCGGUAUUUUCGCUCCAAACUCGGUUCAGCUGACGUACUAGACCUCUGUGACCCAAACAUCACCAAACACCUCACAGUCACUGCAGACAUCCAAACAGCCUGACCUACAGGCCAGAAACAGCUGACAAGUUCAACCACACAGAGGCAGCCAUGUUGAUCAUCUUAGCCUUAAUCAUUCUCUUCCAUCUGGCUUCAGCCAUCCUGCUCUUGGUAGCAACCAUCCACAGCGCGUGGUGGGUGGUGUCACCAAAGGGACAAGAGGUGAUCUUCACUGACCUGUGGUACUCCUGUAACUCCACCUGCCUCCCAGUGGCCAACAGCCAUACACCUAACGCAAGCUACCUGCAGGCAGUCCAGGCCACCAUGAUCCUGGCCUCCAUCCUGUGCUGCAUCAGCUUCUUCAUCUUCAUCCUUCAGCUCUUCAAGAUCAAACAGGGAGAGAGGUUCAUUUUCACCGCAGUCAUCCAACUAUUGGCCUGUCUAUGUGUGCUGAUUGGUGCCUCCAUCUACACUGCUGAGAAAACGUCAUUUCAUGAGCAGAGUCUCAGGGAAGGCUCCUACGGUGCCUCUUACAUCCUGGCCUGGAUCAGUUUCCCUAUGACGCUCAUCAGCGGCCUCAUGUACAUGGUGCUCAGGAAGCGCAAAUAGGAUGGGAUGCAAAAUCUCAAAAUAUUCAAAUCUACAGAAAAGGAACACUUGGACAGAAAUGUUUCAUGAAUUACAUUUUCCCGUCAGACAAGUCUGCACAUCCUCCAUGCCCUGUUUGAAGCUUUCAUAAUAAUUAGCAACUGUGACUAAUGUCAAAUUUACUAAAUGUAUUCUUUGUCAAGUCUCAGGUUUAGCGGCAGACGUACUCACACACUCCAUAUCAAUAUCAUCAUUAACACGUCUUUUUCCUGGUGCUUUUUUUAAUUCUUAAUUAUUAUCAUGGUUAUCCCAGUAAUGCAACAACCACACAGACUGCGUUUGUAAUUUAUCAGGUGCCUGAAGUAUGAAUGACAGUCGACGAAAACCUCUUCUUUUAUUUUUGUGUUUUACAUGCAUGACAUUUAGUAUAGCACAGAAUGUAAAAUCCAAGACAGAAAAAAACCCCAGCUCACAUCAAUUUCACCAAUGUCUGGUUUUGAAUUGGACCUGCAGGGCACACAGCAGUUUGGCUGGUUUGCAUGAAUCUGAAUUCAAAUAUAUACCAUGCAAAUGCACUCACUCACUCACUCACUCAACAGACUCCUGUGACGACUACAUUUGAUUAGAAACGACCCCCACUGCGCCUCAACGUUGUGAUUUGUUUUUCUACACAUUUACAGUAUCGUCCUCUUUAAAUUCCAUUUAGUUUAAUCAGGAUUGUUCUUGUGAAACUAUUGACAAAAGAAUUUAUUUUGUACAUGCUGUAUUUACUGUGUGUAUAUUAAAGUUAUAGACUCGUGUUAACGGUAGAGUAGAGGAAAUGUAGUGAAGAUAGAGAUCUAAGAUGUAGGGUUUGACUCCUUUGUUUGUAGCCUCUUGUUGAUUUAGAUUUUUUUUCUGAAGGAAAUAAUGCCCUAUCAUGUGCUGUACGUAUGUAGUAUUUGGGAUUUAAAACUGCUAACUGCAAACUAUUGAACUAUUAAUAAUGGUCAACUGCUUCACUGAAGAAAAUGCUAUUUAUUCUUGGAAACCACUGUUUGUGUUGGAAUUUGACACAGGACGUAUGAAGUAAAUAAGUGUCUUUCUCUGAGCUACUGUUUAUUUGGUCCAUUACAUCACAUUAUGUCUGUUCCACCCUUACAGACAUCAGCUCCUGCAUCUCACAGCGAUACAUUUAUCGCUGUAUUUUGUUACCAGAAAAUCAGGUGAAAGUAUUUGCAGUGUAUACGUGUUUGAUCCCGGAUUAACACCUGUAGCAACAAGGCAGUUUCUUUUUAAUUUUUUUUUUGUAAUUGCUCAGUUUAGGAUUAACACAGUUGUCAUUUGUGCACUGGACUGUGUAUUAGCAAGCAUUGUGUUCAUGUGGGAGAAACUUUGGACCACAAAACCUGUUAACUUUUAUUGGAAAUGAAGAUUCAGAGGAGAAAAAUGAAAGUGAAGAAGUAGCUCUGUUUUCUCCAGAUGAUACUUGAAAAAAUGAUCAAAAGAAACUAUCGCAUGCCAAAAUGCUGUUUCCUUGCUGUUCAUACUGUAGCUUUUGUGUUGUUGCCAUUUUAAAAGUGUUAAACCUGUUUGCAUGCUUGCUUUUUGUUUGGUUUUAGCUAAUUCUCUUCAGCUUAGUCACAUGUAGGUUUUUGUUUUCCAAUAGGCUGCAGAAUGUUUGCUAGAAUAUAUGAUGUCAUGAUUUCUGUUAAAUUUAGAGCAAUUCUGUAUUGAUUUUAUCAUUGAAAUUAAAGUUAAUUAAAAUAAAAUACAAAAACCCCCAACUUGAACACAGAGCAUACACUGUUGCAAAUAUUCAACAGCCUGUUGUCUUAAGAUUUCAUAUAUUAGACUUCUUUUUGUUUGAUUUUGAGUUAGUAAAUGUUUAAUAGUUGUGAUGCUAUCCCUCGUGUAUUUUAUAUUAACCUAGUUUAGAUAUACCCCCGGCCCGUAAUGACAUUUUAGCCAAAAUUAAGUAUUAUUUACACAUUUCAGUCUCAUGUUGCUCAAUAAUGGAGCCAUGUCAAAACAGUAAAGUAAUGCUUACGCUUGUCUAUUUAGUUUCAAGUAUAUUGCUAUAGACAGUGGUUUUCAAACUUUGUCUACUAAUGACACCUAGUGGCCUGACACAGAACAACACCAUGCUAAGCCUUGUAUGGCUAUCGAGUAAGACGCCUUUAAGAUCUCCUGCUCGGAUCAUGCCAUCUGGAAACAUUGAGAAAUCGUAAAGACUGCGAUAAUUUGAAAACAAUGAUUUUACCCUUUUGUUUUAGAGCUCGGUAAAUGUCUUUUACAGUAAAUAAAAUGUAUUUGUGCCAAA